AUGUGGUUUGAAGAGGGGCGUCAGAGCGGCGUCGUACGGUGCACGUUGGCGACAGACCUCGGACAGCAGGAACAGCAUCUGCCCGCGCGAGCCUCGAAAUCAGCCAAAGAGGCCCACACGGCCAAAAUCGAGUCUACGCGGCGCAAGUAUGAGGCUCAGCGUUCGAGGCUCCUUCGAGCCAACCCGUCCUUCACGGACCUGAAGACUCGUGAUGCCGCUCGGCUCGCGAUCCAGGAGCGUAAACUUCAGCUCGUCUCUGGCGUGCCGCCGCAAGGCUGGCACCCCCUCCCAAAUGUGGUCGAGGAGGACGCAGGUGAGCUCCCCGCGUUGGACAACGCGGGACCGGGGGGCUCGGGUGGGCCGGGUCAGCACGGUCGUGCCCAGGGCACCGCGGAGGGCGGAGCGCAGGGGGCUCGGGUUCCGGCGGGAUCCGACCUCGAAACAUUAGUCGACAACGGUGGGUACAACCAGCUGGCGCGGACGAUCAUCGGCAACAUCGAGACGCAGCCCGCCCACGGCGUAGCUCCUACCCAGGCGGCCGCAACCGCCUGGCCGGCACCCCGCCCUCCAGCGGCCGUUCGACCCGAGGCCCCUCAACAGGCUGGCAUCGUAGUAGCUCGGCAUGCGUCCCCCCCGCCACACCUCUCCAACACACCCCUCCAGCGCGCGCUGGGCCAAGCCACCACCGGAGGCCUGUUGGCAGCCGACCUGACCGCUGCCCCUGGCUUGCUGGGACCCUUCAGCGAUAUGCUCAGCCUCGCAGCAGACAGGGAGGACGUCCUGGACGCCGUGCCGGUGUGGGGAUCGAUGUUCAAAGCGGCAGGAGGACAGCGCCUGGCGUCCGACCAGUCAGCUUUCAACAGUCAUGCCAACCGCGCCGUCAACCACAACAUUGCGGCCGCUCAGGCGGCUGCAGCAGAGUUCGACGGGACACAGGACCCCGAAGCACGGGCGCAGCUGGCCGUGCAGGUGGCGCAGCACUACAAGACAGCAUCCGAGGCGCAGCAGACCCAGAAGCAGCUCAACGACAUGUCACAGCUGCUGCCCUACAAAGAGGUCAUCCGCCUGGCAAGGGAUGGGGACCCGCGCAAGACCUCCCUCGUCGCCUGCCUCGCUUCUCUCUCCUCCGAGCAGCGGGCGUACCUGGGCGCGGCGCUUACAGGACAGACUCAGUCGGCCAGCCGGCCCAGCUCCAAGCGGCCCUUCGCCGCCACAUUGCCCCCCGAGGGGGGCCCUCAAGAGGGCCCCGAGGACAUCACGUGCCUAAUCUGCAACCAGCGGGGCCACCGCUUUCGAAACUGCCCACAACUCCAGGCCAUGCCCCGGGACCAGCAGCAGGCAGCGGUUGACAAGGCUCGGGCGCGCUUGCGGGCGGGCGCCCGCGGGGCACCAGCUUCAGCAUAG